CGGGCGCCCAUCGUCUCUUCCUGGAAAGGCACUUUCCAGAUUCGUUCGGACGCGGAGGACUGACUGUUUUGUUAUUAUUUCAGCACACCUAGAUUUAUAAACCGUUUUGAAUUUAAAGGGUUUAUAACAACUCCACAGCCGUCCGCUUAUUUGUCAGACUAUCUCAGGGGGUGUGCUUAUUUGUUCAUUUCGGUCAUUCAUCUUAAAUUGUGCCGCGAUGGCUGCUUGCACCCGUUUUCUGGAGUGGGUGUUCUUCUUGUAUUUUGCAUCUCACAUCCCGAUUACUGUGUUCAUUGAUUUGCAGGCUCUGUUGCCCAGCAACGUCUAUCCACAGAGCCUAAAAGAUCUUCUGAAGUGGUAUGCCCAGACGUACAAGGAUCCAAUGAUAAUGAAUCCUCCUUCCUGGUUCAAAUCGUUCAUAUUUUGUGAAGCCAUUUUACAGCUGCCUUUCUUCCCAAUUGCAGCUUACGCUUUUUAUAAAGGAAACUGUAGAUGGAUCCGAACUCCAGCUAUUCUCUACUCCACUCAUGUGGCCACCAGCCUGAUUCCCAUCCUUGGUCACAUUCUCUUUCACAAGUUCCCCAAGGAUGGAAUGUUCCCAGGGCCUCAGACCCUACGAGAACGAGUGGCACUUAUGGGCAUCUAUAUACCUUAUUUGGUCAUUCCCAUCUUAAUCCUGCUCACCAUGCUUUAUAGUAAGGCCUACAACAUACAGGUGCGCGGUGGGAAAGGUGGAUCUGUGGACAAAAAGAAAGGCAAAUGAGCAAGGGGAUAGCUGUUUUAGUGUGUGUUUUAGAAGUAUGCAGUACUUUUUUGAAUUGAAAUGCCUUUACAAAGUAAAGGGCUCACACACUACAUGGUCAUCAGAGGUUGUUCUAUUGGCAAGACUGCUCUGGACAUUCACCCAGAUCAGGUCUGCUUCUAGUCAAAGGGUAACGGGUUCUGUUUGUUCCAGGUGAUCUUUUGUUCCAUUAAUUGUUCUAUUUGGAUUUUUACUUUGUACCCAUGCAAAGAGUAAUUUCAUUCACUUUUUUAUAAUGCUAAAACUGUUUUAUAAAUGAUAAUGCCAGGCCUUGCCUUAUGUUCUUCCAUUACCAGUUUUUUUUUGUAUUGCUUUCUUUACAGUUCAGACUAACAUAAUGCAUAUCCCACAGAAAACCAGGACUAGAAGUCACAUUCCUUCACUCAUUCUGGUUCCAAUAUUCAGAGCUACAUACAUGAAUAUUAUAUAUCCAAAGUUAAUGUUUUGAAAAUACAUCAUAUUUUUUGUAAAAUAAAUGGAUCAAUUCACAUUAAUAAAAAUAAUUAAGUUCAACAUAGAUGGGAAAUAAGAAAAUCACAUGAGCUGACACACUGCACAGUCCUACAUUCUUAUUAAAUGGGGAAAUAUUAGAACAUCUCUUUAAUAUGAAAUUGUAGGGGCAGGCAUCAUUCAAUGAACCAGAACAUUUGUUGCCUCCUUUACAAAGAGGUAAAACGUUUAAGGCAAAUUUUAGUUUCUGUCAUUAGAAAACUGUAAAUCCUCAUUAAGAGGCAUUCCAUGACAAGAUUUAUAAUGGUUGGUAAAUUUAAGAAUGUCAACACUCAGUCCAAAGUUGCCACUCCAAAAUCCAGUAAAAUAAUUCCGUUGAAAUUUAUGAGAAUAUGGGAACGUUAUGCAUUAAUUGUUUUUGUGUAAAAGUCAAGAGUUAUUUAAAAUUUAUAUCCAUGUCUCAACUCCUUAAAAUUAACAUAAAACACAGUAUCUGUUCAUCACUCCUGAUGUCCAAAUCUGUCUAGCCAGAGUGGAGUUUGAUCAACCUCAUGCUAACAUGCUUGUUUUCAGAACUUGCACACAAGAGAGGUAAUGUAGAGAGUGUAACGGUAAAGUAAGGUGACCAAUACCCUACUUUAGCAUACCUGAAGUGAAGAGAAGGGUCACAUCUGUAAUCAUAGCACCAGAGAAUUAUGACAUGUUACGAGAUUAACACAUGCAAGCAAGAAUUUCACUGUACUCUGUACAUGUGACAAUAAAGACCUAUUGUGAGGAGAAAAAAUAAAUCUGCGUUCAGAAAUAAAUACCAUUUACCUGACAAAAAUAUAUAUAAAUCUCAUAAAAAUGAAGCUAUUUUGCUUGAAAGUAAGUUAUAGGAAUGAAUGACACCACAGACCCCUCCCUGAUCUGCAAACACUGAAUUGUAGGUUCUGUAGAAGCAGCUGGCUUGAAACAGGAAAACAAAAUCCAGAAAACACUGAAUUCCCACCAAUGCUUCUUUUUUUUGUUGCUGCUGAUAUGCACUCUUUAAAACACAGUUGUUUCUUCUUGAGCAUAUGAAGAUUUACAUUUGUUGAGAAUAAGGUACACAUUAUUAUUCAAGUCUGUUUGAAUAAAAUUUGUUGUAUUGGGUUUAUAAAAUCAGAGUAAUGAGAGUAAACUUCAAACAAACACUUUAUGAUUACACAAUAGAACUGGGGGUGUUAGCAUUAAAUGUUAUUUUUAUUUUGUUACUUGUUCAAUUGUGACUGAUUUAUAAAUAAAAUAAUUUUUGUUU